AAAAAUGUACAUAUACAGGUAUUCUGUACCUUACAGCCGUCAGUUCCCAGUGGUUGCCUGGCAUCUCUGAACAGUAAUCAUGGUUAAAUUCGUGAAAACUUUGGAAGAGUUCAACGACAUCCUGUCUACAGCAGGAAACAAACUGGUGGUGGUGGACUUCACAGCUACGUGGUGCGGUCCCUGCCGAAGGAUCGGUCCAGUAUUUGAAAAACAGGCAGAGGAUCCUGCAAACAAAGAUGUGAUUUUCUUGAAGGUGGAUGUGGAUGAGGCUUCAGAUGUGAGCCAGAAGUGCGAAAUCAGAUCCAUGCCUACAUUCCACUUCUACAAAAAUGGAAAGAAAGUGGAUGAGUUUACCGGUGCCAACGAGAAACUACUGAUGGAAAAAAUCAAACAGCUGAGGCAGUAGUCCUGCUGAUCAAUCCACACACGACCACACGGCGCUGUUUCCUUCAGUGUUUGUAUGGAUCGCCCUUAAAAAUGGGCUACAAUUAGAUCUGAACCCGAUUAGUGAUGUUCUAUGAGUGGGCCUUGAUCCUGAAAUGUUCUGAAUGUUUUCAAAAAUGUGGAUUUGAUAAAUGAUGAAUCAC